AUGGUCAAAAUCCCCAUUCUUCUGGCUUUGCCAGUUGUCUCGUCUCUGGUCGCUGCACUGCCCACUCCCCCUGGCAUUCCAUCAACAUCCACGGCGCAGUCCCAACUCGCCAAAUUGAAGGUCGCACCGCAGGGUUCCGGAGAUGAUUAUGAUCGCGACUUGUUUCCUCAUUGGAUUAACCAGGGGCAUGAGUGCAACACCCGUGAGGUUGUCCUCGCUCGCGACGGCAAAGAUGUAAAACAAGACGACAAAUGCGCCGCGGUCAGCGGAACUUGGGUCUCGUCGUACGACGGCGAGACUGUCACCGAUUCCAGCGAGUUGGAUGUUGAUCAUUUGGUGCCGUUGUCUAAUGCGUGGAAGUCCGGUGCAUCCAAAUGGACCACUCCCCAACGUCAAGAUUUCGCCAAUGAUCUAGAUAAUCCCCAGCUACUGCCUGCAUCCGCCAGCUCGAAUCGGUCCAAGGGGGAUAAAGGACCGGAGGAGUGGAAGCCGUCUCUCAAAUCGUUUUAUUGCACGUAUGCGAAGAUGUGGGUGAAAGUCAAGUCGGUGUAUGAAUUGACUAUUACGGAGGAUGAGAAGAGUGCGUUGGUGGACAUGUUGGAUACUUGUUAG